AUGCAUUUCACCGCAGCAGCAUUACUGACCUUUUGCGUAAGCAUUGGCUUUGCUUCCCCAGCUAAGCGCGACGUCUCGCCAGGAGAAUGCUACGGCGACUGCAUCAUGGGAGGCUUUGGCUCCUCGGCAGAUUGCCAGAAGGAUUGCAACUUUUAUCCAACCAAGCGUGAUAUCUCACCGGGAGAGUGUUACGGAGACUGUAUCAUGGGAGGCUUCGCCUCCUCGGGAGAUUGCCAGAAGGAUUGCAAUUUCUAUCCUACCGCGAAGAAUUGA